AUGGAGACCCGGACCGAGGACUGGGGACUGACUCGCCGCCCGACGCUGGCCUCUUCCUGGGAGGCCGCAUGCGGGGCCCUGACCCAGAGCCUCCUUCUCAGCCGGGCUGGUCUUGGCGCCCCGGACUUCGACUGGGAGGAGCUGCUGGCGCCGCCUGCUCCGGGCCAGGAUCUGGUGAUUUUGAAGAGAAGCCUGAGCAGCCAAGAUGAAAACCCCUGCUUCCUUUACCUGAGGUGUGACCCUAAAGGAGGUGAAGAAAUCGUUUCUAUUGGCAUUUUAAGUUCAGCAAGAAAUAUGGAGGUAUAUCUAGGAGAGGAGUACUGUGGAACCAGCAGGGGCAAGAAUGUUUGUACUGUCCUGGAUAACAGUGAUCAUGAAAAGAUUAUUUUGUACAAAAAUUAUCUAAAAUUGGAGCCUGCCACAAACGUAUGUAAAAUAAAAUUACUCUCCUUUGGCGAAAAGCAGUGUGUGUUCAUCAGUAAAGUUGUGGUACACAUGAGACUGAUUUCAGCAAAUUCUUCACCAAGCUCUCCUGCUGUAAGAUCAAGGAUAGACCUUGACAAGGUCCAAACUAUGAUGGAGUCCAUGGGCUCAAAGUUAUCACCUGGAGCUCAGCAGUUGAUGAAUAUGGUUAGGUUUCAGCAGCAGCAUUGUAUUUCCAUUGAAGAACAGAUUCAGUCGGUUUUGGGAAAUACUGCAUACAAGCAUAUCAUUGGACUGCAAUCAUCAUCUGCUUCAGGAGCCUUAGACAAGUCAUCCUCCACAUCUUUUCCUUUUAGAACUGGAUUGACAUCUGGAAACAUGACUGAAAACUUAAAAGCUUACAUUGAUAAAUGUCCACAGCCACCUGGUGGAGGAAAUACUGCAAACCUUGAUGAGUGUAAAAUUGUGCCACAAAACCACUCCCUUCUUGAAAAUGAUCUUAAAAAUGUAGUAUCUUCUUUCUUACCAAAGAAAGCCAGUGACAACUCAAAUAUACCUAACUCUGAGUUGCUGCCUUUUCUCCAGAAUUUAUGUAGUCAGGUUAACCAUCUCCAUGUGGGGCAUAAUGCUGAGUGGCAGAGAAACAUCACCAAGCCCAGCGAAGCCAUUCUUGGUUUAGGAAUGGAAGAGCAGCCUGUUUGUUCAUACUUGGAAAAGAUUCUUUCUAAAAGUAUGGAACUGAUGGAAAAGAAACUUACGGACUACAUUGAUCAGCGAAUGUAUAAACUCCAGGAGCACAUAGACGAUAAGAUUGCUUUGUUAAUGGACUUGCUGCAAAAUCCCAGCUCCCCUCCCGCUGGGAUGCCUCUAAGACAUUAUGACUCUGGAGAAAGACUUUCAAAUGGCGAAAGAUAAGCUGUCAACAUAUACAGUGUACUGCAGAUAUUUAUUACAUAUUUAUUACAAAGCCAGAACCCAAAAAGUUAGGAAAAGUAUUUCAUGUCCUUUGAAGGAUUAUUAUUUUACUUAUAUAAAGUGACCUCAGUGUUCAUUUUUCUUAUACUUGUUAUUUUAAAUCCAUACUAUACACUAUUGGUUAACAUGUUACGGUCAUAAAUUAUUUUUGUUUGCAAUAUUUUUCAUUCUUACCAGAAAUUUAUGUAUUCUCGUGUUGCUUGAGUGUUUAAAAUGUUUAAGGAUUUCUAAAGCAGUUCAAUAGCUUGUAUAUGUGUUUGAUUGAAGUGAAUUUUUUAUUUAUACAAAGACCUUACAGUCUUUGUAUGAAAAAAUAAUGCAUAGAGUAUUUGAUAUUUUUUUCUUUUUCUGCUUUUUCUUGGAAAAUUAGAUACUUAAGACUUGGAGUCUUUAAUUUAGAUCAUUAAUUCACAUUUUGCAUUGUUUAUCUGUGAUAAUAAGAUGCAGUGUUUGGCAUGUGUAAAAUUAGUUCACACUGGGGCCAUUAAUAGUAUUUGUUUCAUUACAGUGUAGCUGUAGAUAGGAAAGUAAAAAAUCAGAACUGGCCCAUUCCUUGUUACAAUUACUACUUUGGAUUUGGUGUUUCAUGUAAUACAGGAGCAGUAGUCUUGACUGAUCUGCAUAACCCCAAACAGGAAGUCUCUCUUUUUUGAGCCUAAUACAGGUUUUUCUCCCCAGAGUCCUUUUCUGGUGUGUUUAAAGUGUGAAAUGCUGAGGAUUAAGGAAUAUGAAUCAAGGAGAUUGCAGUUCUCUUUGGCUGACUUAAUUUUCAGAACUUAUAACCAUUGUAUAUGUGUUGAAGAGUGAUAUAUUUGCAUCUAAAAAAUAAAUGCAUUCACUCUGGAAG